AACGCAGCAUAUCCUGGCGUUCGCCACUCGGUCACACCUGAAAAAAGCGCUGUGUAAUUCUGCUGUUUCAACAACGAAAAAAAAAGGAACAAAAGCGAACGCCGCAUUACAGUUUAAAACUAAUCCGAGAAUUAGGUAUAUAUUUUCUAGUGGGGAAAAGUAGGCAUCGCAAGAUAGCAACCUAGAAAAAUGACGGGCGAAACCAAGCAGGAGAAGAAGCUGGCGCAGCCGGCGCCAACGGGCGGCGAUGCCAAGGAUGCGAAGGCCAAGAAAGAUGAAAAGAAGGACGCCAAGGACAAGGUAGAGCAGCCGGAGCUUUCCGACGAGGAUCAGCAGCUGCAGGAGGAGCUGGAGAUGUUGGUGCAGGUACUGCAGGAGCCGGAUACAAAGCUCUACCAGCACACGCUCGAGACGAUGGCCAAGUUGAUACGGGCCUCGACCACGUCGAUGACCUCGGUGCCCAAACCGCUGAAGUUUAUGCGUCCACACUACGACACUAUGAAGACGGUGUACAAGCACAUGCCAGACGAGCGUGCGCGCCAGUUGUGCGCCGACAUCAUCUCGGUGCUCUCGAUGACCAUGGGCAGUGGUAAGGAUUGCCUCGCCUAUCGGUUCCUCUGCGAUCGCAAGCAGCGCAUUGGGGACUGGGGCCACGAGUAUGUGCGUCAUCUGUCGGGCGAGAUUUCUGCCCAUUAUCACGACACCACGGGCGACUUUCGGGUGCAGCUCAUCGAACUGGUCAAGCAGAUCAUUCCCUACAACAUGGAGCAUAACGCCGAGGCGGAUGCCUGUGAUCUUUUGAUCGAAAUCGAUCAUCUGCACCUGCUGGGCGACUAUGUCGACGAGUCGGCCUAUCCGCGAGUCUGCCUCUACCUGCAGUCCUGCUAUCCCUACGUUCCCGAACCGGACAACACGAUUAUCUUGGAGACUGCCCUCCAGCUGUCUCGCAAAUUCAACCAGCACACACAGGCCAUGCGAUUGGCUCUGAUGCUAAACGACAUGGACAAGAUCGGGGAGAUCUUCAAGGAGCCGAAGGAGCCAGCCAUGCAGAAGCAGUUGGCAUUCAUGCUGGCCCGCCAGCAGAUUUGCCUCGAGCUGGAUGAGUCUGUGCCGGACUACGAUGAUCUCAUGGAGAUUAUGUCCAAUGCGAACUUAAACAAGCACUUCCUUAAUCUGGCUCGCGAGCUGGACAUCAUGGAGCCCAAGACCCCGGAGGAUAUUUACAAGUCGCAUCUGGACAACUCGCGUUCGCGUUUCGCAUCGAUCCAAGUGGACUCUGCCAAGCAGAAUCUGGCCGCCAGCUUUGUGAAUGGCUUCGUCAAUGCCGGCUUCGGUGUCGACAAGUUGCUGUCGGAGGAUGGCAACAAGUGGCUGUACAAGAACAAGGAGCACGGUAUGCUCUCGGCCACCGCCUCUUUGGGUUUGAUCCUUCUGUGGGAUGUGGAUGGCGGUCUGACCAUGAUCGACAAGUAUCUGUACUCCACCGACGACAAUAUCAAAUCUGGCGCUCUGCUCGCCUGUGGAAUCGUCAACUGCGGAAUUCGUAAUGAGGUCGAUCCGGCUCAUGCCCUGCUGUCCGAUUAUAUCGACAACCAGAACUCGUGCAUGCGCGUUGGCGCUAUUCUGGGGUUGGGCAUCGCCUACGCUGGCUCCAAUCGCUCCAUUGUGAUCGACACCCUGAAGACGGUCUUCUCGUUUGGCAGCAACAACAAGAGUUCCGCCAGUGUGGAGAUAUUGGGCAUCACGGCCCUUUCCCUGGGUCUCAUUAGUGUUGGUUCAUGCAACGCUGAGAUCACCGAAAUCCUGCUGCAGACGAUCAUGGGCCUGACCAAGUCGGAUCUGAAGGACACCUACACCAGGUUCCUCUUCUUGGGCCUCGGUCUGCUCUACUUGGGACGCCAGAAGUCCACUGAGGCCGUUAUGAUGACGCUGGAGGUGCUGGAGGAGCCGCACCGCAGCAUGGCUACCACUAUGGUGGACAUUUGCGCAUACGCCGGCACUGGCAAUGUGCUCAAGAUCCAGCAGCUGCUCCACAUCUGCUCCGAUCACUACGAGACCACCAAUGCCGAUGACGAGAAGGAGAAGAACAAGAAGGACAAGGGCAAGGAUAAGGACAAGGAAAAGGAAAAGGAAAAGGAGCGUGAGAAGGACUUGUCGGCCACCCAAUCGAUUGCCGUGCUGGGUAUUGCUCUGAUCGCCAUGGGCGAGGACAUUGGCGCCGAAAUGGCGUACCGCUCCUUUGGAAACCUGCUGCGCUACUGCGAACCGGCCAUCCGACGUGCGGUGCCCCUGGCCUUGGGCCUGAUAUCCGCCUCCAAUCCCAAGCUAAACAUCAUCGACACACUGAGCAAGUUCUCGCACGACAGCGAUGCCGAGGUGGCCCACAAUGCGAUCUUUGCCAUGGGUUUGGUGGGCGCCGGCACGAAUAACGCCCGUCUGGCCUCCAUGUUGCGCCAGUUGGCGCAGUACCACUCGAAGGAUCCCAGCAAUCUGUUCAUGGUGCGCAUUGCCCAGAGUCUGACUCACUUGGGCAAGGGAACGCUGUCGCUGAGUCCGUAUCACAGCGAUCGCCAGCUGAUGAACCCCAUGGCCGUGGCUGGUCUGAUGGCCACGCUGGUUUCCCUGCUGGACGUCAAGAACCUGAUCCUGAACAGGUCGCACUAUCUGCUCUACACUCUGGUGCCCGCCAUGCAGGCCCGCAUGCUGAUCACCUUCGACGAGGAGCUCAACCAGCUGCAGGUGCCCGUCCGCGUCGGUAUCGCCAUCGAUGUGGUGGGACAGGCCGGCAAACCGAAGACGAUCACCGGUUUCCAAACCCACACCACGCCCGUCCUGCUGGCCAUCGGCGAGCGUGCCGAACUGGCUACCGAUGAGUAUCUGGCCCUCACUCCGGUCAUGGAGGGAUUCGUCAUAUUGAAGAAGAACCCCAACUUUGUUAAAUAGACAGUGCAUUCAAACAUCUAACGUUUAAGGUCAUGCGAUAAAUUGAAAAUCAGCAACUAACUCCCAAUAACUAUUUGUUCCCCUCAUUGGCAGUUGAUUCAAAUGUCAUUAAUACAAAAUAUAUCUACUUAUAAAAAAUAAAAACAAUGUAUUUAUA